UGCCCAUCUAAUGAGUUCAUGUGCUCAAGUGAGGAAUGUGUUAGUUCCGGACUACUUUGUGACGGAAGUCCUGACUGUAUGGACGGCUCGGAUGAACGUUUCUGUUAUGAUGCUAAUGAAAAUCCAAUUUGUUAUGUCUCGAGCAACGAACAGGAAACAAGCAAUGAUACCAUAUCAACGGUUAUUGGUAACACUACAAACUCUAGCGAAGCAUUGCAGAGUUUUGACAAGGAACAUUCUUCCAUUAACGCGUCAUGUGGGGUGGAGUGCAUAGAGAAUAACCCAGGAACCGUAGGCAAAAUUAACGGGACAAAUUCAACUGAUUUCGAAGAUUGUACUGGAGAAGAAAUGACAACACAAGAGUGUGACACUGAAAUAACAAGUAACUCCCUGUGUACACCAUUUUGUCCUUCAGCAUGCAAGUGUUUUGGUAGAAGCCUGAAUUGCGUGAACACGAAAUGUACUGAUAUGUCACAGGUGAUCAUACUUCAGAAUGUAAGCUGCAGUACUCUUAAUGUCGAUCUCUUUGACAAUCGACACAUUUUCUCGCUUUACAUUUUAGAUUCCAUUAUAGAAACCUUGUGUGUAUGUCCCAUGAGUAGACGUAUCAGGUUCAACCACCUAAAGAUACAAAAUUCAAUUGUUGAUUAUAUACUCAUCAACGCAUUGGAGGAUAACUUAUUGUCUUUGCGUGAAGUACAGUUAGAGAAUUGUACUAUUUUAAACGUAAUUGGGAAUGGUGAAAGUGGUAUACCUCGAUUUGAUAUGAAUAAAGGAACUGGGGUUCAAUUUCAUAUAAAGAACUUGACAAUGACCUUCCCCACAGAAACUCUUACAAUAUCGGCAGACUUUUCAGGUGACAGCACUACAAUAAGUGGGGCAUUCAGAAGUAUGAUGAAUUUCAGUCACUGCAGACUGAAUUAUGCACCAGUUUUUCAGUCGCGUAUUGUCGAUCUAAGCCACAACUUCCUUACUCGGUACAUACACCAUGGUGAAGAAGUGCAGGUUUUGUACCUUCAGCACAAUCUUCUAUCUGCUAUGGUUGAAUCAGGGAUUCCAAUAUUAAAUUCAUAUGUCAAAUUAAAGGUUCUCAACAUAUCAGACAACCGUAUUACAGAAUUAAAACAUGGCGAUUUAUUUUCUAGAGAGCUCCUUUAUCUUAAUCUAAGACGAAACCUGAUAUACACCAUUGACCAGGACGCUUUUUCGUCAACAAAGAAACUUGUUUUCCUUGAUUUGUCAGGUAACAGACUUUCGCGAAUUUCUUCUGGGACAUUUCUUCCACUAGAAUCCUUACAGGAACUGUAUAUUCAGGAGAACGAUUUCCAAGUUUAUGAUGGAAUGUUUAAUGGAUUGAAAAGUUUGCAAUUGUUGCAAGUGGAGUACUUUUCUAUUUGUUGUGCCAACCCACGUACAGCUAAUGAGCUACAGUGCAUUGCACCAGUCGAUGGAAUAUCUUCCUGUGAAAAUCUUAUCAAUGUCCCAGUUUUAAGUGUUACUAUUUGGUACAUAGCUCUAUUGGCAACCUUCGGAAAUUUUCUUGUAUUGUUAUACAAUGUUUACAAUUUCAAGAAUAUGUCCUCCAAAAAGUAUACGAUUUUCACCAUAAAUCUGAGCCUAGCAGACUUUUUAAUGGGAGUCUACUUGUACAUUGUAGCUAUAACAAAUUUGAUAUACACAGGGAGAUAUGGGCUAUCCGAUUACACGUGGAGACACAGUGCUGCGUGUACUGUGACGGGAAUCAUCGCUACACUGUCGAGUGAGGCGUCAGCUCUUACCGUAUUUCUUAUCACUCUUGAUAGAUUCAUUGCAGUAAAAUACCCUUUCUCUAAUCUAAAAUUUAGCAUAAAAACUGCUUCCAUCUUAUCUGUUCUAGCCUGGGUGAUUUCUCUUCUUCUAUCUUUGAUUCCAUUAUUACCACUCCCAAUUUUCAAAGAUUUUUAUGCCCAGUCUGGAAUCUGCAUUUCUCUUCCACUCUCUGUCAAAAGACGGACAGGAUGGGAAUAUUCAAUGAUAAUAUUUGUAGGCUUCAAUUUCUUCCUUUUCCUCGGGAUAUUGGUUGGGCAAAUCAGUAUGUUUGUAGAAGUUAUGCGCUCCGGGGCAAGUGUUAGAUCCAGCAAAUCAAAAGAAAGGGAGAAAAAUUUGGCUGCAACAGUGUUUGCGAUAGUACUGACGGACAUCUGCUGUUGGAUCCCAGUUGGAACAAUAGGAAUGUUGACUUUUUUUGGUAUAGCCGUUCCCCCGGAUGUGUACGCCUGGAUUAUUGUGGUGGUUUUACCCAUCAACUCGGCCCUCAAUCCACUGCUCUACACCUUAACUGCAGUUAUCAAACGAAAGAAAAAGCAGGAGGCUGAGAUAUAUUCGCAGCUGAAACAACAAUUGGCAUACUGGAAGUCGAAAUAUAUGCGUGCAGAUCCAUCUAGUGCCACAGUGUGCGAAUCGUGAGACGUAUUCCAGUGGGAUACAGUUAUUGAAUCGUGAGACGUAUUCCAGUGGGAUGCAGUUAUUGCACUGAAGCGGGAGUAAGGGCACACACGUUACGUUGUGAUCACGAAUGUACAAAACUAUCCACGUACAAAAGUUAUUUAAAUUAUUUGUUAUCGUUUGUUGUGAUUGAAUUGGAUUUAUGUGUUAUUCAAUGAUUUUUGUUAGGACUUUGUUCACUACAUGUUUUACUUUGGCAUAUUGCCUUUUCAUACUUUUCGUGGUUCUCUGGUUUUCGAAUUUUUUCAAGCACAAUUGCAUUUAUCCUGGUAGAUCGCUUUGUUUGUUAUCGAGUGUUCAAUUAUUAAAGUCAAGUUUCAAUUUAAAUUAUGUAAUUUUCAAUAAAAGACAUUUUCCUCAUAAAAAGGUGAAGAUAACAAAAUUUAAGAGUUGGGCAAACACGGACUCCUGGAUAUACCAGAAGGGUCAGGUGCCUAGGAGGAGUAAACAUCUUCUGUUGACCGAUCACACCCGCGUUCUUAUUUAUUUCCUUAUAUAUAGUUGUAUUACGCAC